AUGACCACGUCAAGAGUAUUCAAGAUACCGCAAAGCGACAAUGACCAAGAGUUCGUCUUGUUACAGGCCUCCUCAUCCGCCGGCAAAAAGCCCUUGGAUCUCAAGUUGAUUGCAACUGAAGGAGAGGCGCCAUACGUUGUCAAGAGUAGGAGUUCUACACCGCCCUCAAAGACAAGUCCGCUAUAUCUGAAGCUGACCCAACCUGCCUGCUGCCCUCGUGCAGUCAAACAUGACCGCAUCGCGGCACUCAAAGUGCAGAAUAGCCCAUUGACGGACUCUGAGUGGGAAUCAACGCUCGAGUCGUUUUUCAGUCAGAAACCAUUGAGCGUCAUCAAUGCAACCGCUACCGUUCAGAGUGAAACCUCUAUCACAAUCACAAUCAGGAAGCAGGUGCAAGGCAUUACAGUAAAAUUCCCUGGCUCAUCCAUCCUCGAUUUAUCGCAUGAUGAGAACCAAGAAAUUGAGCUGCUCCAGUGGUGUGCCGCCUCUGCUGACGCCGUCGUCGCCAGCAACGCGGCCACCGCGCAAGCCCAGUCCACUGUGACCGAACUGGAGGCUGCCAUCCAGAAGCUCAAGGAGCAGCUGGAAGAGCUGCUCAAGGCCAAGGACGAGGACGAGACGGCACUACUGCAAAAGUUCCGAGACCUGCUCAACGAAAAGAAGGUCAAGAUCCGGGAGCAGCAAAAGGUCCUGGCGUCCGGCACCUUCGCUGCCGCCGCCGCCCAGGAACCAGAGCCCGAGGAGCAGUCGCCGGAACCGGAGCCCUCCAAGGGUAGGUCUAGAGCCCGAAAGCCGGCCGCCUCUCGCGCGAGAAAGAGGAAGGCGCCCGCGCCGAUCAAGGAGGAGGAAGAGUCUGACGGCGGGGACGCGGCGGAGGAGGAGCCGCGCAUAAAGUCGGAGCCUGAGGAUACCGAGGAUGGUGGGAACACGACGGAGGCAACGGCAUCGGUAGAUGGGGAUGAAGACGACUCGGACGAGAAGAUGGCAGACGACAGCGGCAGAAACGAACAAGACAAAGCUGCCACAUCGCCGCCGCCUCGUGAGCCGAGCCCGCCCAAAAAGGCUGCAGCGGCACCACCGCCCAAGAGAGACCUCCCAUUUGCGAAUAGAAAACCAAAGGAGGCCCCUCCAAAGGCGGUGGUGCCAGCAGACGGCGCAGCUACGGAUUCUGAUGACGAGUUGUAG